AUGACACCACCCGGAAAUGGCCAUCCUAAUAACUUGCACACUACUCAUAACUCGGGCACUACUAUCAUGUCGCAACCGACGCUUCCAGUCGCAGGACUUCAAACUUCCCUUCCCAAUAGCACUAUUGGCAACACUCGGAAUCAUCGUCUACUUAUUCACAGCUUACCUGUCGAGUUGUUGACCCUGAUAUUUCGGCUAUUGAUAGAUGAAGAGACUUGGGUGCUUCCGUCUACGAAUCUGUACCCCGCUAUUACUCUGUGUGCUGUUUGUUCGUAUUGGCGGAGAAUUGUCGUCAACAAUACUAUGUUCUGGACAUACAUUUCCAUUCAAAAUACAGCACAAUCUCGCAAGGUCGCAUCGUUAGGUUUGGAGCGCUCUCAAGACAACCUUGUCGAUGUUUCAGUGAUUUUGGGGAACGGGUGCUCUAUUUAUGCUCAGGAGGUGCUAUCUCUGCACAGCCAUCGAAUUCGGUCCUUGCGCUUAUCAUCGAUGUGCAUUGGAUCCUUCUGUGGAAUGCUGAGAUCGAUGUUAAGCAAUGGGGUUCCAAAGCACUUAAAGCAUCUCGAGCUCUCGAUCAAAACCACCCCCCAUCGCCUGCGCCCACAUAUGGUACCCAUCAAUUCUAUUCUCUCUCGGUCAUUUGAGAUAGAUCAAUUCCGUACCUUGAUAAGGCAGCUUCACACAAUUCAUCUGGAUGGCAUCUCCGUGAGAUCUGAGUUUUAUUCAUUGAACAGCCUGCAUCAGGGAUUCUGGGACUGUGCGUUCCCAAUAGAUCUUGCCACACUUCUUGCGCCUGAUAGCAGAGUUGAAAGCAUCGAGAUCCAUAAUCUCGUUAGGGAAAGAUUUGGUGCUUCGCAUGUGAUCACAACUAAUACAAGAAACUUGAAGAGGCUCUCCUUGAAGACAGUAGACUCUACCGCACUUUAUAGCGCGUUGAGCUCGGUCUCUCCAGGGUCAUAUGACAUGGAUCUUUCAGUUCCAGCUCGAUUCGCCCUGUCGUCCCGGCAUAACGACACUCCCCCAAUCCCAAGCUCGAGCAUCCCAGACCCCCGGAGUACGGGACUACUAGGCUCUCUUCUCCGUAAAUUCAACAACAUCACGAAAUUGACACUUACAUCUGGCAUCACUACUACGCCUAGCCAGACCCGAUGCGAAAACAUGCGCACGUUAUUAAAAAGCUUAUACAACCUUCGUUAUCUAGGCCUAGUGAAAUUCCACUUGACCCAACAGAUAGUAAUCGCGAUGACGAGGACAUAUGAGCUGGAGUCAAAUGCCACCUCCAGCAACACAUUUGCGAUGCUGCGGGAGUUACGGUUGCAAGAUGCCUGUAUACUGGAUCACGAUGCGUUCAAAACUAUGGUUUUCAGCCACUCGAUCAACUACCUCUAUCUAUAUCAUUGUAGCUUCAAACAGGAUGGAGAUAGUCUGGCCUCAUACCCAAACUCAUCUUCUCCUUUAUAUAGAUGGCUAUCUGCGGUCGUACCAAGGGUAGAAAUUGAACAUGACUCAAUACCCGCUUCUGAGCAACGCUAA